AUGUGUGGCGGUUUGAGCCAGGGCGAGCAGUGGACGCAACUUCUCGACGGGAAUGGGGGUGCAGGCAAGCGAAAGGGACAUGCUUGGACAUGGCACCGGCACCUUGCAGCCUUUGUGGUCUUAGGAGGGGAGAGAGACAACCCCACACAAUUCCAGUAUGUGGAUUGUCCCGACCCUCGAUGUUGGGCCGAAUCGCUCCAAAUGUGGAAGUUGGAAGGUCAUGGGACGUCUUGGCGGCCAAGCAAUUACCCAAGUAGCCCAUCAGGCCUCCCCUCCUUUGCAGAUGUGCCACCACUCCAUGCCCAGCACCUCACGGUAGUGGAGAUUGAGGUCGACAAUUUUGCGGGCAAUGUGCCGGCUGAUGGAGAGAUGCUGGUUUAUGGUGGCUUUCCAUUCAGUCAGUGGUUGUACGGGCUAACGUGGACUGGCUGGUGGCGACGGCUCAGGCCCAUGUGGGACGUCGAAAGACGCUAUGGCCAUUCGGCUGUGUUUGCCAAGGAGCUGGAGGCGAUGGUCGUCUUCGGUGGCAUGGGGGAAUCCGGGCGUAUCCUCAACGAUCUGUGGGUUUACCGUCCCAGAGGAAACUCGGUCCUCGUGCUCAAUCCUGAUCUUCCUGAUGGGCCUCCUCCAGCCAUGGUGUACCACAAGGCCGUCUGGACUGGGCGAGAGAUGAUUGUUACUGCACCAAACAUCACAACGACAUGGGUCUGGAGUGACAUGGGUGACAGUCUCAGUAAU